GAGCCUAACAUUAAACCAAGCAACGCUCGGUUCUCUUUUCUCUUUCACCAUAUCCAUUGUCCCUUAAGUCUAAGGCAGAGUCUCCCCUCUGCCUUAGACACACCAAUAAUUUGCCAAGAAACCGAACCCAACCCAACCGCAACAACAAUGGCGUUCCAGGAUUUCGACAUGAUCACCGAGAGGCGGAGAAACGAGCAGAGGCUCAAGAUGAAGAAGAAGAUCCUCAUCAGCGUCGUCUCCGCCGUCCUCCUCGCGUGCGUCGUAGGCGCUGCGGCAUUCGUCGUUGUCCAAAGAACAGGCACUAAUGCAAAGCACGCCACCCCAAUGCCACAGAACACCGCCACGCCGCACGUGGAUCAGAACUCCAGGAUGGUGAAAAUGAUCUGUGGAUCCGCAGAAUACAAAGAAAAAUGCGAAAGCACGCUCGAAGAAGCCCUAAAGAAGGACCCCAAAUUGGCUCAACCCAAGGAUCUUAUCAUGGUGUCAAUGAUUCUUGCGGAGAAGGAGGUUACCAAUGCCUUCGAUGGAACUGCAAAGAUGAUGGGCAAUGCGUCCGAGGAAGAGAAGGGUGCGUACGAGGAUUGCAAGGGUUUGUUCAAGGACGCCAAGGAAGAGCUUGAGCUGUCGAUCACCGAGGUUGGCGACAACGACGCGGACAAGCUCUCCACAAAGGGUGCUGAACUGAACAACUGGCUCAGUGCGGUUAUGUCUUACCAACAAACCUGCAUUGAUGGUUUCCCCGAAGGGAAGAUCAAGGAUGAUUUCACCAGCAUGUUUACUAACUCUAGGGAGCUUGUGAGCAAUUCUCUUGCGGUUGUUUCGCAGUUUUCUUCCUUCUUUUCGAUCUUCCAAGGCGCCGGGGGGAUUCAUCUUCCUUGGGAGACUACCAGUGAUGAUGCACUGGCACCUACUGCUUCUGGUUCUGCUUCUGGUGCCGGUGCUGGUGCUGGUGCUGGGUCUGUGUUCGGUUCUGAUCCCUCUUCUUUUGGUCUUGGUUAUGCUUCUGCUCCUGCUGGUGGUGUUGCUCUUGCUCCUGGUGUUGCUCCUGCUCCCGGUGCUGCCCCUGGCCCAGUUCCUUCUUUGCCUGCUGGUUCAAUUCCUGCAUGGACGGGCUCAGUUCCUGUUUGGGCCGGCCCAUCCGAGUUCUUGGGAUCAAAUGAAAAGCCCACACCUAAUGUUACCGUGGCCCAAGAUGGCAGCGGAAACUUCAAAACCAUCUCUGAAGCUUUGGCUGCCAUCCCACCACAAUACGACGGAAGGUACGUGGUUUAUGUCAAAGAAGGAGUGUACGAUGAGACCGUGACAGUGACAAAGAAAAUGGUAAAUUUAACCAUGUACGGUGACGGACAGCAAAAGAGUAUCGUCACUGGAAACAAAAAUUUCGUGGAUGGAGUCAGGACCUUCCAAACUGCAUCAUUUGUUGUACUUGGAGAGGGAUUCUUGGGGAAAGACAUGGGAUUCAGAAACACAGCCGGUGCAGAGAAGCACCAAGCAGUGGCCGCAAGAGUGCAAGCCGACCGAGCCAUAUUCUUCAACUGCGCCUUCGAGGGCUACCAAGACACUCUCUACGCCCAAACCCACAGACAAUUCUACCGCGACUGCUACAUCUCUGGAACAAUCGACUUCAUCUUCGGCGACGCCUCCGCGGUGUUCCAGAACUGCACCAUGGUGGUAAGAAAGCCACUGGAGAACCAGCAGAACAUCGUGACAGCACAAGGGAGGCUCGACAAGCAGGAGAACACCGGCUUCGUCCUCCAGAAAUGCGUGAUCAAGGCCGACACCGACUUGGUACCCCUCAAAGACACAAUCAAGAACUACCUCGGAAGGCCGUGGAAGGAGUAUUCAAGAACCAUCAUCAUGGAGACUCAGAUUGAUGACCUAAUUCACCCUGAUGGGUUUCUUCCUUGGGAAGGGAACUUUGCCCUAAGCACACUUUACUAUGGUGAGUACAACAACAAUGGGGCUGGUUCUAGCACCACUGCUAGGGUUAAUUGGCCUGGCCGCAAAGUCAUCAAUAGGGAUGAGGCUACCAGGUACACGGUUGAGGCUUUCUUGCAAGGGACAUGGAUCAAUGGCACAGGUGUACCAGCUCAACUAGGCCUGUACAGUUAAAAGGCUCUAAUUAACAUCAUCAUGUUUAAUAAAUAUGUAUACCAGUUGAGUUGAA